CCUCCCCUGCUCUCCGGGAAUGCUGUGUUGUUUACAUUACUGGCACACGGGUCAGCAGUGUGGUGAUGAGGGGGGGGGCCUAGCGGAGAGAGACACUGUCUGAAAACACGUCCACAUCCCCACUGGCUCCGCUGCGGCACAGGCUCUGUACCCAAAGAAGAAGAAGAAAAAACUUUUUAGCGCUCAGGCAACAGUGCCACGCAACAGGACAGAGGCCCGCCGAGCACGACUCUCCGGAGCGACCCACGGAAGAAAGAAAGGGAAAGUCAAAACAAAGACAGACGCCAUAACCGACAGGAGAAAUCCUCAACGUGAAGAAGGAACAGCUUAGCAACACAGUCCCACUUCCUGGGGUGUAAAGGAUCAGGCUCCUGACACCAUGGAUAUGGACACACAGCCACAGGGACAGCAGGUGGCCGUCCCAGUGUUUCAACCUCAGAAACCUUUACAGCCAGAUAUGGGCCACAAUUCACUGGCUAACUUCCAGAUUGAGAAGAAGAUUGGCCGUGGUCAGUUCAGUGAGGUGUACAGGGCAAGGUACCUGCUAGACAACACAUCAGUGGCCCUGAAGAAAGUCCAGAUAUUCGACUUGAUGGAUGCCAAAGCUCGGCAAGAUUGCAUCAAAGAGAUAGAUCUCCUAAAGCAAUUGAACCACCCCAAUGUGAUAAAGUACCACGCGUCUUUUAUUGAGGACAAUGAGCUGAACAUAGUACUGGAGCUAGCGGACGCAGGGGACCUCUCACGUAUGAUCAAGCACUUUAAGAAGCAGAGGAGACUCAUCCCAGAGAGGACGGUGUGGAAAUACUUCGUCCAGCUCUGCAGUGCUCUCGAACAUAUGCACUCCCGGAGAGUCAUGCACAGAGAUAUCAAGCCCGCCAAUGUAUUCAUCACAGCCACGGGGGUAGUGAAACUAGGAGACUUGGGACUGGGACGGUUCUUCAGCUCCAAAACCACCGCCGCUCACUCACUAGUGGGUACUCCUUACUACAUGUCACCAGAGAGGAUACAUGAAAACGGAUACAACUUCAAAUCUGACAUCUGGUCGCUAGGAUGCUUGCUCUACGAGAUGGCAGCCCUGCAGAGUCCUUUCUAUGGGGAUAAGAUGAACCUUUACUCACUUUGUAAGAAGAUAGAGCAGUGUGACUACCCCCCUCUUCCUUCAGAUCACUACUCAGAGGAGCUACGGAACUUGGUAGAUAUGUGCAUCAACCCCGACCCGGAGAAGAGGCCGGACAUUACCUACGUGUACGACAUUGCCAAACACAUGCAGAGUUUGACACGGGGCAGCUAAGCCCAGCGCCGCUGACACCGGAGCUCGCAGAAACACCUCCUCCUUCCUCGCUUCUCAUGCUGGACUUCGUACACAUCUCUCAGCUUUUAUACAAUACCUUACUCCAGUGUUUAGCUCGUUGCGAUAAAUACUUUUAUUUACAAAGUGGUGGUACGGAACAUGAUUGACAACCAGACCUUCUCUGCCCUAGGAUUGAGAUUAUUGAUACAAUUUUUUUUUCUCUUUCAGAUAAAACUACCAUUCCUUAGAGUUGAAGUUACAGCGCCGAUAGUGUCUGGUAACUUACCGACACGUUUGGUUAAAAACACUAUUUUUUUUUUUUUUUAAUGUAGUGAACAGUUUUUCCAGCAGAUGCUACUAGCAGAUGCUGCUUUAAACAGAUACUGGAAAGUUGUAAAAUUAGAAAAAAAAAUAAAUAAAAAAAAUGACAGAGAGAUGUAAGUGGUUACGUCCUAUAUUCAAAACCGCUAAUGGAAAUAUUUUUUUAAAUGAAAUUUUUGGAGUUGUUUUUUUUUUUUUUAAAACUCCGUAGCAGCAAAACUUAAAGACAUAACAGAGUGUUGAUGAUGAUUGAAGUGUUGUGUUGCACUUUUUACCCUGGUGCUGUAAAGCUGGCAGGGUGAUCACGUCUAAUGAAUGUACAUGAAAAAGGAAGGAUCGUUUAGAGGGUAGAGACUAGAGAACACGGGCAAAUGUCUCCACAACACUUUGAAUGUAAGCCUUUUUGACAUUUACACAUUGUCUAUGAAAACGUCCCUGUUCUGUCACUGUUUUUGAAGACGUAGAAGAGCUGGUGGAGGCUUAAAAAGAGUUUUACAUCUGCUGUUUACUUUAGUCACUGACACCAAAAUAUUUCUCCUUCUGUUCAACUGAAGGAAGAUGUACUGCUAUCGGAUAAAGUAAGAUUUUUUUUUUUUCUUUUUUUAAAAAAUAUAUACAAAGACAACGAGAAGCCGAAACACACAGUUUUCCAUCAUGGUCCAGUGAAUGCACCUGAGAUUUCAUUUAUAUCUACACAUAAUAUUGUGAUUGUUUAUGUUGCUGUGUAAGUUUGCAGUGUAUGUGUCAUGUAAAGUAAGAAAGAAAGAUCCUCGCCUUGUGUUGCCGUCCUUGCCCCUAAAAUCUGUCCCGAGCUAAGAUACCAAAGACAGAAAAAGAAAAAAGACACAUUGACGGUUUUUACGUACAUGAAAGUGUCUUUUAUAGAAAGGAUAUCAGAGACUUGUACUAAAGAAAAACAAGCACCAAUGGGACUCAUUUUGUUUUACUGUACAUACUGAAGAAGUUCCUAUAGUUUUAAUAAUGCAGGGUUCUUUGGACCCUUUUAUUGGGAGGGAGGGAACCAUAGUAAUGUUUUUUUUUUUUACAGUGGGUCCCAAAUGACCAGCACUGACCACCACUGGUUUACACAAUGACAAUAAUACCACGUAGAAGGUAUAGUACUGUAAGUAAACAAUGAUUGAUGACGCUUUAUUGCAGUGCCUUAUGAAUUCUUUUUAACGUUAUCAAACAGCCUGUUAACUAAAUUAAUGUAUGUAUAUUUUUUAUUAACAUUUACAUGCUCUUUAACAUGUCAAAGCUUAUUAGUGCAAGAAAAUGUAAGUUAUUUUGUCAUGGUUAACAGAAUAUGUUGAUAAUACCUUUGUUGCUUCAUGUGGCUUUUUUCUCCAGCAGCAAAAUGUUUUUUCAUGACUUUUUUUUUUUUUGGUGUCAUUUUCACCCAGUUUGUCAAUGUCCUCCAAACAAUAGCAUCUGGAUAGGAGCAACACCUUUGAAAAUGUCCUUAUAAAUAACUAUGAGGGAAUGUUAAAGGCACUUAGAGAGAAUUAAGUUUUGAUCCUAUAUAGAGUUCCCUGAAAUUUUGCAGGAUUUUAAGAGAAAAUAUAUAUUAUCCAGUUUUAUAUUUUGCUUUACGCAUCUAUAGCAAAGCUAGAUGUUGAAAUUGACACUUUCUUAACUUGAGAGCAACACUAUUAGUUGUAACCUUCAACCAAAUAUUGAUUUUUAAGUGUUUUUUUUUCCUUCAGAAGACACUGCAACUGAAUUAAAUGUCUUGUUUAAACUCAAACACUGCUCUCUCCUAUUGCCUUGGUUCACAAAGUGCCUCUGCUCCAUUACUGAAAACAAUCAGAUAUUUAGAUUUUGGGUUAAAAAUCCUCACUAGGGUGUUUUUUUUUUUUUUUUUUUAACAUAUUUUGUUGAGUCACUUUAAGGAUUGUGGUUAUUAAUCUGUGUAUCGUUCAUUCUUUUCAUAUUCAAUUGAGAAUCCACAAUCGGAAAAUGAAAAAAAAAAAGACUUGUUACUUCAUUAUUCAUGUACAAAUCAAAAAACUAAUUGUUUUUCAUUCUUUCGAUUGUACACACAAAUUAAAAAUUGGAAAAAAGCAAAUGGACCAAAUGUCGGGUUUCGUGUUGACAUUUUUGAUAUCCGAUUUGGUAUGACCCAGAAGUUACUAAUUUCUUCAUGUGUUACGUGAAGUGUCUUCUACUUAGAUUCUCUACCAUGGAUGCACUGUCUUAGAAAAAACAACAGUACCUGGAAGAUCCUUACCAUUUUUUCCAGUUGCUGUCGUCCUCCUUUUAUUUAUUUAUUUAUUUUUUAACUUUAUUUUUCUUAUUUUACUAAAAACAUGGUUAAACAUGCAUAACACAAACAGCAGGAUCAGGCAGUCACAACUUACAUAGGAAAAAUAAUAAAUGAAUACAUAAAUAAAUAUGCAUUCUCACACAGUGUAGAUGUGUAUACACCUGUUUAAGCAGGUAGCAUUUUUGAAGUUACUGAGCUAAGAGGGAGGUCCACUUUUUCAGUGUCCUUCUCCUACAUCCUUUUGUAGCCUCAGAUUAUAGGUGAUCUGCUCCAUAUGAUGUAAGUGAUUCACAAUAUUUAUAGAGGUAUCCACAGAAGGGCCGGUGUCGUCCUCCUUGAGAGUAACGCCUUUGCUGCCUCUGAAUAACACGAAAUUCUCCAUUAUCGCAGAAUGCUUUAGGCAGAAUACUAGCAAACCCACGAUUGUCCAGCUCAACACACGAAGAAGUCAGUAACUUCCGGGUCAUACCAAAUCGGAUAUCAAAAAUGUCAACAUGAAACCCAAUGUUUGGUCCAUUUGCUAUUUCUAAUUUUAAAUUUGUGCGCACAAUCAAAAGAAGGAAAAACAACUCGUUUUUUUGAUUUUUGAUUUGAAAUAAGUCAUUUUUUCAUUUUCCGAUUGUGGAUUCUCGAAUAUGAAAAGAACGAAUGAUAUACGGAUUGUCAGUCCUCAACAGGGAGUGUUUUUUUGUUUUACAUAUCACCCUGCUCUGCUGUUUUGUUUAGUUUUUUUUUUUUUUUUUUUACCUUGGUUUGGUUUACUUCUUAAGUUGGUAGUAAAGAGUCAUUAAAGGGCGCUUUUUAAAGAACUUAAAUACAGGGAAUUAACAUGGUCUGUUUUGUUUUGUAUGUUUUCUCAACAUUUCAUGUCAAAGUAAAGACCCUCCUCACCAUCGCUUUGUAUGCCAGCUAAAUGCAAUAAAGCUUACGAAUUUCAAUCA